AUGUCAACCAACCACCCAAAGAACGAGGCAUAUCUCUCUGCAGUCAUCCCCAAACGCAUCAAACUCUUCGAGCAGAUCCAAUCCCACCAGCUCCAGAACCUCAAAUCCCUCCCACACGAUCCAAUCAAGAUAACGUUACCUGAUGGAACCGUGAAAGAAGGGAAGAGAUGGGAGACUACACCAAUAGAUAUCGCCGGGGGAGUAUCAAAGGGUUUGGCUAACUCUGCGUUGAUCUCAGCGGUUAACGAUGAGCUUUGGGAUAUGAGUAGAGUCUUGGAAGGUGAUUGUAAGCUUGAGUUGUUUAAGUUUGAUAGUGACAAAGGAAGGGAUACUCUUUGGCAUUCUAGUGCUCAUAUUCUUGGUCAGGCUCUUGAGCAGGAGUAUGGGUGUCAGCUUUGUAUUGGACCGUGUACUACGAGAGGAGAGGGUUUCUACUAUGAUGCGCUUUAUGAUGGCUUGACGCUGAACGAUGAUCACUUCACUAACAUUGAAGCUGGUGCUGCUAAAGCUGCUAAGGAAGCGCAACCAUUUGAAAGGAUUGAAGUGACAAAAGAUCAGGCGAUUGAGAUGUUCUCUGAUAACAAUUUUAAGGUUGAAAUCAUCAAUGAUUUACCUGCUGACAAGACCAUUACUGUCUAUAGAUGUGGUCCUCUUGUUGAUUUGUGUCGUGGACCUCACAUACCAAACACUUCUUUUGUGAAAGCAUUCAAGUGUUUGAAGGCCUCAUCAGCUUAUUGGAGGGGUAGCAAAGACCGUGAGAGCUUGCAGAGAGUCUAUGGAAUAUCUUAUCCAGAUCAGAAACAGCUAAAGAAAUAUCUUCAAUUUCUAGAAGAAGCCAAAAAGUAUGACCAUAGACUAUUGGGCCAGAAGCAGGAACUUUUCUUUUGUCAUGCACUCAGGUUCUUUCAGUGCUACUCAACAAUGUUUUCCUCUUUGAGUUUCACUACUCAUAAUACUUUGAUCUUCAGCCCUGGGAGUUAUUUCUUCCUUCCACACGGCACUCGCGUGUAUAACAAGUUAAUGGAAUUUAUUAAGGAGCAAUAUUGGAAAAGGGGUUACAAAGAGGUUAUAACACCAAAUAUGUACAACAUGAAGCUAUGGGAAAUCUCUGGACAUGCUGCAAAUUACAAGGAGAAUAUGUUUACUUUUGAAAUUGAGAGCCAGAAGUUUGGGCUCAAACCUAUGAAUUGUCCUGGUCACUGCUUGAUGUUCCAACACAAGGUUCGCUCAUAUAGAGAUUUACCUAUUAGACUGGCGGACUUUGGAGUGUUACACCGCAAUGAGGCAAGUGGAGCACUUAGUGGGCUGACUCGUGUCCGACGGUUCCAACAGGAUGAUGCACACAUAUUCUGUACAGAGGAUCAGGUCACUGAUGAAGUGAAGGGUGUGUUGAAGUUCAUUGACGAUGCUUACACAAUCUUUGGCUUUACCUAUGAGUUAAAGCUUUCGACGAGGCCAGAAAAGUACCUUGGACAUUUGGAAACAUGGGAUAAAGCUGAAAAUGAUCUCAAAGUAGCCUUAGAUGCUUUUGGAAAGACAUGGACGUUGAAUGAAGGAGAUGGUGCGUUCUAUGGUCCAAAGAUAGACAUCACAGUGUCUGAUGCAAUGAAUAGGAAAUUCCAAUGUGCAACUUUACAGCUUGAUUUUCAACUUCCUGCUCAGUUCAAACUAGAGUACUCAGAUGACGACGAAACAAAGAAGCCGAAGCCGAGACCUGUGAUGAUACAUAGAGCAGUGUUGGGAUCAGUGGAGCGUAUGUUUGCUAUAUUGUUGGAGCAUUACAAAGGGAAAUGGCCCUUCUGGCUUAGUCCACGUCAGGCCAUAGUUUGCCCUAUAUCAAACAAGUCUGAGGCAUAUGCAUUACAGGUGAAGAAAACAAUUCAUGAUGCUGGGUACUAUGUUGAUGCUGACAUAACAGACAGAAAGAUUGAUAAAAAGGUGCGAGAAGCUCAGCUUGCGCAGUACAACUACAUACUUGUAGUUGGUGAAACUGAAGCUGUUACAGGACAGGUGAGUGUUCGGAUAAGAGACAGUGCAGCCCACUCGGUGAAGAGCAUAGAGGAUUUGCUGAAAGAAUUCAAGACCAAGACUGAUGAUUAUGAAUGA